UGAAUGCCAUGAAAACCUGUCAACUACGGCAUUGACGCUGUGAAGGAUGGGUAAAGACUUUCGGUAUUAUUUCCAGCAUCCCUGGUCUCGCAUGAUUGUGGCUUACUUGGUGAUCUUCUUUAACUUCCUAAUAUUUGCCGAGGACCCAGUUUCUCACAGCCAAACUGAAGCCAAUGUUAUCGUUGUUGGAAACUGUUUUUCGUUUGUAACAAAUAAAUACCCUAGAGGAGUUGGCUGGAGGAUUCUGAAGGUGCUUCUAUGGCUACUUGCCAUUCUCAUAGGACUCAUAGCUGGGAAAUUUCUGUUCCAUCAGCGUUUGUUUGGUCAGUUGCUCCGGUUAAAAAUGUUUCGAGAGGAUCAUGGUUCGUGGAUGACAAUGUUCUUCAGCACAAUUCUCUUUCUCUUCAUAUUCUCUCACAUAUACAACAUGAUUCUUCUGAUGGAUGGCAACAUGGGAGCAUAUAUCAUUACAGACUAUAUGGGCAUCCGCAAUGAAAGUUUCAUGAAAUUAGCUGCAGUAGGGACCUGGAUGGGAGACUUUGUCACAGCUUGGAUGGUCACUGAUAUGAUGCUUCAGGACAAGCCUUAUCCCGACUGGGGAAAGUCUGCAAGAGCUUUCUGGAAAAAAGGAAAAGUUAGGAUCAUUUUAUUCUGGACAGUUCUUUUUACUCUGACUUCUGUGGUCGUACUUGUCAUUACAACUGAUUGGAUCAGCUGGGACAAGCUGAAUCGGGGAUUUUUGCCCAGUGAUGAGGUUUCCAGGGCUUUUCUUGCUUCUUUCAUCUUGGUCUUUGACCUCCUUAUUGUGAUGCAGGACUGGGAAUUCCCACACUUCAUGGGUGAUGUCGAUGUAAACCUCCCUGGGCUGCACACUCCUCACAUGCAGUUCAAGAUCCCUUUCUUUCAGAAGAUCUUUAAGGAAGAAUAUCGCAUUCACAUAACAGGUAAAUGGUUUAACUAUGGAAUUAUCUUUCUUGUCUUGAUUUUGGACCUUAAUAUGUGGAAGAACCAAAUAUUUUAUAAACCUCAUGAAUAUGGACAGUACAUUGGGCCAGGGCAGAAAAUAUAUACAGUGAAAGACUUGGAGAGCUUGAAGGAUUUGAACAGAACCAAGCUAUCUUGGGAAUGGAGGUCCAAUCACACUAACCCUCAGACUAAUAAAACGUAUGUUGAGGGGGACAUGUUCUUACACAGCAGGUUUAUAGGGGCAAGCCUUGAUGUCAAGUGUCUGGCCUUUGUUCCGAGUUUGAUAGCUUUUGUAUGGUUCGGAUUCUUCAUUUGGUUCUUUGGAAGGUUUCUGAAAAAUGAGCAAGGCAUGGAGAAUCAAGACAAAACUUACACUCGCAUGAAAAGAAAAUCUCCAUCAGAACAUAGCAAAGACAUGGGAAUCACUAGAGAAAACACCCAAGUCUCAGUAGAAGAUCCACUGAGUGACCCUCCUUUGGUUUGCAUCAGGUCUGACUUCAAUGAGAUUGUCUACAAGUCUUCUCACCUGACCUCAGAAAACUUGAGCUCUCACUUGAAUGAAUCUACCAGUGCAACAGAAGCUGAUCAAGACCCAACGACUUCUAAAAGUACACCUACGAACUAAUUUCAUUUGCUUAAUGUGGAGAUAGCACAAAAACCAACCUUGAGUGUAACUUUCAAAAGUUAGUCUUUCCUUUUGUAAAUGUAAAGUUUACGUAGUAUUAAGUAAAGAAAUACAAACAAUGCCACAACGGUGCUCAACAUGCUUUUUCUAGGAUUCAUUGUUUCUAUUUGUAUUAUAAUACAUGUGCCUAUUGUACACUUAACAGUUGUCUAGAGAUUGCUUUCAACUAUUGCACAAGCUAUUUACUGACUUUACAGCAUAGUAGAUUAGCUGAUUACCCAUGUAUCUGAUGUUCAAUCAUAGUGGUGCCUUGAGACUUUAAACUUUUUAACUGUACCAGAAAUGAAGUGUGGAACAGUUCUCUGACCUAUUUCACAUGGGAUUUUUUUUAUAUCAUUGAUUUGUACUUGAUUUCUGAGCAGGAAACAGAGCUAAGUUAUGCUUCAGGAAGUAUCUCUUGGUUUCUUUCUUUCUUUCUUUUUUUUUUUUUGGUACCAGGAAUCAAACAUGGGUCCUUACUUGUGAGGCAGGUGGUGGAAUCACUGAGCUAAAUCCCUGGCCCUCUCUUGGUUUCUUGUUUAGCCACAGAGUUGGUGACUCACACCUGAACUGCAGAGAAGCAGAGUGUUUACCUUUUAAAUUUCAUUGGCUCUCUGCCGAAUACAAAUACAAAUUCAGAAUUCAGUCACAGGGAAUGACAGUCCGACAUGGGUCACUGCCCAUGAAAUGUGACUUUCUCCAACCAGUAACAGCAAUUAGGUAAUAAUACCUAAUUAUGUUUUCCUAAUUAAAGAUAAAUUGCUACUUGAUUUAAAAUCAUACCCUUUAGCUUUGGGAACAAAGGUUAAAAAGGCACAGUUGUGGGAACUCUCAAAUUUAUUGGCAUUUAUAUAAAGUAUCAGACAACCAAGGAACUGACGUUGUAAUCGUGUGAAGAUUCCAUGGACAACCAUCUAUAAUAUUUGUAGAUUUUUCUAUAAACAUGUUCCUGGAUAAUGAAAAUUAAGAAACAUAAGGGGCUGGGGA